AUGUUUGUUGCUUUAUCUAUCGUAUGCGAUAAUUAUUUUGUGCCUACUUUAGAAGUUAUUGUAGUAAAAUGGAGUAUUUCAGAAGACGUAGCUGGGGCAACAUUUAUGGCUGCUGGUGGUAGUGCACCUGAGUUAUUCACAUCUUUAAUUGGUACCUUUAUCGCACGUUCUAACGUUGGAUUUGGCACAAUCAUCGGUUCAGCUGUUUUUAAUAUUUUAUUCGUUAUUGGCAUGUGUGCAAUAUUAUCAAAGCAAGUGCUUCAAGUUACUUGGUGGCCAUUGUUUAGAGAUUGUAUAUUUUAUUUAUUGGCUCUUUGCGCGCUAGUAAUUGCCUUCACAGAUUCUGAAGUUUACUGGUAUGAAUCCUUAUUACUGAUUCUUUUCUAUAUAAUCUAUUGCACCUUCAUGAAAUAUAAUGCGGUCAUAGAAGUUACGGUAAAAAAACAGCUUAUUAGAUGGAGAAUAAUUACAGCGACUCCAGUCUCUCAUGAUCAAUUGCCAACUGGCAAUCAAGCUGAAGAAAGUAGUAAGGCGACCUUAACUUCGAAUUUUACCAUAGAGGAUAGAUCAGUUACCGGGUCUUCUGAUAACGCAAGAAAUUCUACAAUUGAAGAAUGCGAAAACGGGAAGAAAGUGGAUAUUGAAUUAGAAGAGGAAUAUGAAAAUGAAGGUUUCAGUCUUUCAUGGCCUAAAUCAUUUAAACGGAGAGCUAUUUAUAUCAUCGUACUACCCAUUUCCUUUCUCUUGUACUACACGUUACCAAAUGUCGCAAGACCGAGAGGCAAGCGAUAUUACUUAGUUGGAUUUAUUGGCAGCAUUGUAUGGAUUGCAGUUUACUCCUACUUUAUGGUUUGGUGGUCUAAUGAAAUAGGUAUUACUAUUGGAAUCCCACCAGAGAUUAUGGGCCUCACCAUACUGGCUGCUGGAACUAGUAUCCCUGAUUUAAUAACAAGUGUAAUUGUUGCACGAAAGGGAUUUGGUGAUAUGGCUGUUUCAAGUUCUGUUGGCAGUAAUCUCUUCGAUGUUACAUUAGGAUUACCAUUCCCUUGGCUGUUGUACAGUAUUAUUUUCGGGUUUCCUGUAUCCGUGGAAAGUCGAGGUUUAGCCUGUUCGGUCAUUUUAUUGCUGUCAAUGGUGGUAUUUGUUAUAAUGACAAUAGCUUUAUUCAGGUGGCGACUAAAUAAAUCACUAGGCUUUCUAUUUUUAAUUUUGUACGUAGGUUUUGUCGUAAUUAGCAUUCUAAUGCAAAACGGAGCGAUUCCGUGUCUGUAGCUAUGCUAUUGUAUAACAAAAUCUUAAGUUAGAUGCCUUUAUUAAAUUUGACGAACUUUACUGAUUUAACCAUGAUGCCAGGAUGUUGU